UUUCAUGAAUUAUUAGAAGGGGGAAGAGAGCAAAGAUCUCAACUCAACUCUCAUGCCAAUUUCCUCUUCUGUUGGGAGAGCUUCCAACCAUGGGAGAUGAAGAAAACCAUAAUUUUAAAGACAUAUUUCGGAGACUCAGAAAACCCUAGAGUUGAGCUUUUGAGUUUCAACGCUCUCAUGGAGUUCUUUCUUGGGAAAUUCCCUCUGUUUUCCCCAGUUAAUUGAAGGGAUUUUACAGGGGAAUGAACGUCUUUUUGCCUGGUUUGAAGCUUCUGAUUUCUGAGACCCUUUCAAUGGAGAAGAGUUGCAAAGAAACCAGAAAUAUCUUCAACUCAAGAUAAUCCUUCAGUUUGUAAGCAGUGUUAACUUCACCGGCAGGUUGAAUCACGUGUACACAGUGCCAAUUUCAUUUACAUGCAUAUGGCGAAAUCUCACUGGCCUUACUUCGAUCCCGAGUAUGAGAACCUUAGCCAAAGAAUCAACCCUCCAAGGGUGUCAUUUGAUAACACUACAUGCAGCGACUGUACUCUGGUGAAGGUGGAUAGCGCUAACAAGCCAGGCAUACUACUGGAGGUGGUGCAGGUGCUUACAGACAUGGACCUUAUCAUCUCCAAAGCAUACAUUUCCUCUGAUGGUGGAUGGUUCAUGGAUGUUUUCCAUGUCACUAAUCAAAUGGGACAGAAAUUGACUGACACCAAAACCAUGGAAUAUAUUGAGAAGGCCUUGGGUGCAAGGGGCACAACAUGUGCCACUGAGGUUCGGACAUGGCCAGGUAAGCAAGCAGGUGUCGCAGAGUCCAUUGACGGGGGCCCCACCGCCAUCGAGUUGGUGGGGAGCGACCGCCCAGGCCUCCUCUCUGAGAUCUCAGCCAUUCUCGCAAGUCUUGACUGCAAUGUGGUGGCUGCAGAGGUGUGGACCCACCGCACUCGCAUUGCUUGUGUUGUGUACGUGACAGACAGUACUACCUCUCGCCCAUUAGAUGACCCAGCACGCCUCGCAGCAGUUGAAGAGCAACUUCGUAAUGUGUUAAAGGGGCGUGAUGGAGACAGGCGAAGUGCACGCACCAACUUCUCGUUGGGGUUCAUGCAUACCGAUAGGCGACUGCACCAGAUGAUGUUUGCGGACCGUGAUUAUGAGGAGGAAGGGGAGGAGGAAGAGGCUCCUUUGGUGAGUGUGGACACAUGCGGAGAGAGGGGGUACUCUGUGGUGAAUGUGCGGUGCAAGGACCGGCCAAAGCUCCUAUUUGACACCGUGUGCACGCUUACAGACAUGCAUUAUGUUGUUUUCCAUGCCUCCAUUGUCUCACAGGGGCCACAUGCCCUACAGGAGUACUACAUACGCCACAAGGAUGGAUGCAUUCUUGAUGGUGAUAGUGAAAAGCAAAGGGUUAUUAAGUGUCUCGAAGCUGCCAUUCAACGAAGAGUUUCAAAUGGACUCACACUGGAGAUGUGCGCCUCCGAUAGAGUGGGCUUACUGUCGGAUGUCACCCGUGUGUUUCGAGAGAACGGGUUGUCUGUGACGAGGGCCGGUGUGACGACGAUCGGAGGCAAGGCAAUGAACGUGUUUUACGUGAGGUAUGCUUCCACUGGUGAGCCAGUGGACACCAAGACCAUUGAGGCCUUGCGCCGAGAGAUCGGCAACGCCAUGCUCCUCAAUGUGAAAAAUCUUCCUGCAUCUGCAAAGCCAUCGGAUUCCAAUGCAGAUGCGAAAUUUCGAUUCUCGUUCGGAAGCUUCUUUGAACGGUUCUUGGCAUGAUAAAUAUGGCAAAAUUGAAUGAUGAUAAUAUUGUAUAUAUGUAUAAAACCCACUAUGACUUGUGUGUUUCAGACACCAUUAUCUCUUUACAUGGGUGAGAAAAAAGAUGAUUGAACAUGUAA